AUGCUGGUGGUUCUUGGAGGGCACGUGAAGUGGGGCGCUGCUCCGCCUGUCACCGCUGGGGUUCGAGCGGAUGCCCAGUGCCAAGCUGGGUGGGACAGAGCCGCGAGCCCCGAGGGUCGCGCGCCAGGUUCCCACUCGCUGGGAACUCGCCGUGUCAACGACCAUUGGCAGAUCGCCGCGCCUCCGGCCACGUGGACGUCAACGGAAGUCCUAAAGCCGCCGCCGCGGCCGCUCACAGGUCCCACCGCACGGUCCGCAGGCCCGACCCCGACGUCCGCUCAGCUCCCCUCCAUGGGAGGCUACGUGGGCAAGCCCGGCCCGCCGCCCUGUGCACAGGAGGACAGGCCCGGCCACCGGCCGUCCCCGCGCUCCCCGCCGCCCUUGGCCGCCCAGCGCGUCCUCCACGUUUGCCCGUAGCUGCCCACCCCGCUGCUCCGAGACCCCCGCGGCGACCGUGCCCCCUCCUCAUCCUGCCGCUUGGCCAUCACGCCUCAACUGCGCUGCCCGAUCCCGCAGGCCCGCUACUCCGUGCUGGGGGCGCUGCCCACCGUGUGCUGGGACGGUGACCACCAGAAGGCCGUGCUGUCUGCGCGGAACUCCACGAUGCUGUGCCACCUGGGCACCGUGCGGAUUCCCACUCCCAGCAAGCGCCCGCGUCCUCCAGGGCCCGAGCACAUGGUCAGCUCUGCAGCCCAUGCAGAGCCAGACCCGGGUGCAAAGGAGCUGCCACCAAGUGCCCUCGAAGACAGGAGGAAAAGGACCGUGAAGGACGAAGACCAAAUACUCGCUGAUGAGCAGGGACACAAGAAAAGGUACCUUGAUGGCAUUGCAAGCAAACAUGCCUUAUCUGAACCCCUGCUGGCUACCGGGGACCCUGCUUCUUUUGUGCCUAAGCCUGAGUCCCUAAAGAGAGGCCUCACUUCUCAGAGUUCAGAAGACCUCAGGAGCAAGCGAUCUUGCACCUCUUGUGUGUCAAGCAUGCACACAGGUGACAUCCUUUGCUCUAGCCGCAAUGCCAUCACCAGUUCCUACAGCUCUACAGUAGGCAUCUCACAGCUGUGGAAGAAAGGGGGUCCCACCUCACCCCCCUUUUCUAGCCAGGCCUUUUCUGGCUCCCAGAUGUCAGAGAGACCAGUCAAGAAAGCAAGAGAAGAGGGGCUGUGUCAUUCAUCCAAUUCUUCAGCUCCACAGGGGACCACCAAGGAGUUCCAGGGUGAAAAGUGUGCAGAUGGGACUACAGGGCCACAGAAGGACUCCAGAACUUCCUCAUCCACACCUGCCAUGUCAGGGAGCCGAAGACGGAAGACCCGGCUGCUGCCCUGCAGGCGAGGGGUUCCACUGACCUUGCCUCCGCCUCCUCAGCUUGGCUAUCCCAUCACUGCAGAAGACCUGGACCUGGAGAGGAAGGCGAGGUUCCAGUGGUUUAACAAGGCCUUGGAGGACAAGACUGAUGCAGCCUCCACUUCUGUUCCUGAGAAGUCACUGCCUACUCAGCCCUCUGUCACUUUCACCCUGCCUGCAGCUAGUCCUGCAUCCUCGCUGGCCUCCUUCCCAGCCCUCAGUUCGAACCUUCUGCUGGAGACCUGCAAGAAGAUGGAGAGCCUUGGGGGUCCACCAGCCUUCCCAGAGCCUGCUGUGACAGCCACCACUUUAGCCCUUUCUCCCCACAAGACACCUGGCCUUCAGGACCCUCGUGGUUCUUCCUUGCCAGGUCCCCUGCCAGGCUCCCCGGACCCCGCCCCCACCCUGAAGCCAGGAGAAGACAUGCCAGGAGUGGUGGGGGAAGAAGGGUUGGGAAGCCCACUGCUUUGCACCCCAAAUAGCAUCCUGUUUGAGGUGCACAGCAGCCGGCCUCCCAACCCUCCUUCCCCUGUCACUCCUGGCCUGUCUUCUGCUUGUCCCAUAUCCCAGCCUCUCUUCCUGACCCCACCUGAAAGCACGAGAGACAGCCCCAUGUCCUGGAUCCCUUCAGCCACACCUGGAGCCUCUUCCAGCUCCACCCUCUCCGCCACCACUGGCACCACCACCUUGACUUUCAAGCCCAUUUUUGGCAGCAUGGGGCCACCUACCUCUGUUUCCUUGUCAACGCCCUUCAACCUAACUACUCCCUUUACCACUGCACCUGUUUUCACUGGCCUGCCCACCAUUCCCUCCGAAGUGGCUUCUGUCACCACCACUGCUUCAAAACUCUCCUUUGGCUUUGGGGUGAACAGGCUGGCCAGUACCACAAGCAGCUCGACCAGAACCAUGCUUUCCACCUCCCAGCCAUUCCUCUUUGGGGCUCCCCCUGUGUCUGCCACCAGCUUCCCUGGAGUCAUGGGCCCAGGACUUCAGUCUAGCCAGCCUGGGGCGCUCCAGAGCUCUGCAGCAGCCAGACCCUUUGACCAGCCUCUCUCCAGUGCCGCUCAAAUGGCCACCACCAGGAGCAGCACCGCUGGCGUCAGUGGCUUCAGCUGUCCGCUCACCACCUCGGCCAAGGCCACCACCAGCCAGAGGAUCCUGACUUUCGACAGCACCAGCCUGUGGCGCACAGCUCGCAUCUGGGGCCAGGAAGGCUCAGCAGUAGGAGGCCCCCAAGCCAGCCCUUGCCCGCGCGGGCAUAGCUCUUUCGCCCCUGGCAACUCUGAGACUGCGGCGCCACCUGCAGCGCCCGUGUAG